GGGAUAUUGGUCAUUGAAAAGCGCGCCUCUGUGUCAGUUCCAGCUGUAAAUAAUGAAUUUUUCAAAUGUACCGAAAGAACUCUCCCAUCUGAACGUGUUCUUAAGAUGUGCUUCGGAUCACUCGGCGAAAGACCCCACUAUCACAUACUACUGUCUCCUGCAUGCAUUUCAAAAAGGUUUAAGUAUGAUUCAAAAAUCACCCCCUAUCAAGGCAUUUUUGACAACUCUCAUGGAUAAGUUAGAAGAAUUAAAGAGGAGUAAUUCAAACUGUGAAGAAAUUGCGAAUGAAACUGUUGGGAUUCCUUAUGUUGAACAGUAUGCCCUCAAGUUGUUUGAUGCUGCUUACCAGAGGGAUAUAAACUCCGACUUCGGACCUGCUACUGUAAAACUAUUUCUUUCAGCUGCUACACUCUUAGACGUUGUUUCUGGAGUUGGAGAAGUAGGUGAUGAUAUCGAAAAGACCAGGAAGUAUGCCAAAUGGAAGGCCGUUUACAUCAGCAAAUGCUUGAAAUCUGGCGAAGUUCCAGUAGGUGGUCCUAUUGCUAACACCGAAGCUGCCUACACCCCAAAUAUUUCUGGACUAACAAAUACAAACAAUCUCUGCAACAAUGAAACAAAUCAACAACCUCAUGAAGUCCCCACCACUUGCAUACCUAAACAACCACCUAGUCCUGAUCCAUCUGCAUCUGAUAAUAAUAUUACAACAAGAAAUUGGUUGGAUGUAGAAAAAGAUAUCAAAUGUGCAUUGAGUGCAUCAAAUUAUCAGGAUAGAGAAACAACCGUGAAAUACUUGAAGCAAGCGUUAAAAUCACUUGGAGUUGAUAUCUAAAUCUUAAAACGGUGUUUUAACUUUUAAUUUACAGUGCAAAGAUGUAUUUUAUAGUGAUUGGAACAUUGUCCCUUUUAUGUGAUAGUUUUUGAGAAUUUAUUACUGACAUUUCAACAAAGUAAGCUACAAUUAUUAUGAUGAUAAGAAAAACACGUAUCGUUCUGAUUUUAUUUACGUCCAAUUUUUAAAAUGAAAAUACAUCGAUUAGUUGAGG